GAAAUGAACCCAUUCAAAGGUGUUUCUGGUAGACGCUGCAAGCGCAAGUCAAAGCCAGCAACGGUUGAAGUCAAGCAAGAGUUGGUGAUUAAAGAAGAACCAAACGGCGGUGACAAUGUCAUGAACAUACCACGGCCGAGCGUUGAUGGAAGAUAUCGUGUGAAUUACGAUAGGCCGUUCGAUUUUGACUAUGACUUCGAUGUGUUAAAGGAUGAAAUCAAAGAAGAAGAAGAAAAGACGGUCGUGGAAAAGAACGAGAGGGCACAUCGUAAACAAUCGAAUGAGAGCCAUGCUGUCAAUAAUGAUGACAACGAAGAGCCUAUGGGUAACGCAAUCGAUGAUCAACCACCGAAACCAGUCGACAGCGGGAGGAAACGGAGUGGAAUCUCCAGAAGGCAUUCAAUGACUCACAAAGAUGAACUACCGAAUGCUUGUGCGAAAUGUGGACGACGAUUUGCCACUCCGGAAGAUAAGCAAACGCACGAAACUCGCUGCCAACGAAGUGUUUUGGCAUGUAAUCAGUGUCAUUACAAAACUGUUCACAUCCAUCAUUUGAAGCCGCACAUGCAAUCAAUGCACGGAGCAAAACGAUUGAUAGAAUGUGGAAUUUGCAGCGAACCAUUUGUCAAAUGGAUGGAUUUAAAUCGUCAUUUGUCAUCGGCACACAGCGAUCAAUUCCCAUUCCAAUGCUCCAAGUGCUUCGGAGGAUACGCAACCGAAGAUGCGAAAGAGGUUCAUGAAGACAUCUGUGGCCACCGCCGGUAUCAAUGCCAUUUGUGCAAAGAGCCACGUCGAUACAAACAAAAAUUGAAGACACACAUGCGAAAAGAUCACACCGGAGAGCGGAUUCAAUGCGAAGUGUGUGCAUCAAGCUUUAAACCAAAAAUGAACCCGUUCAAAGGUGUUUGUGGUAGACGUAAAAAGCGCAAGUCAAAGUGUGCAAUAUUUGAAGUCAAGCAAGAGCCUGGUAUAAAGGAAGAGCCGCGUGAUGAUGACGUCAUGGAUAUACCAAAGCCUAGAAUUGAUGGAAGAUAUCGUGCGAAUUACGAUAGGCCGAUUGACUUUGACUAUGACUUCGAUCAAAUCAAAGUUGAAAUCAAAUGUGAAGAAGAAGAGACGGGCAAAGACAAAGACUCGACACCAUGUGAACGAUCGAAUGAAAGCACCGCACACGAUGAUGACAACGAAGAGCCAAUGGGUGACGCAGUCGAUGUUCAACCUCCGCAUCUAAUCAACAAUGGCAAGAAACGGAAUGAAAUCUCCAAAAGACGAAACAAACGGAUGAUUUCCAGGAACCAACCAAGCAAAAAGCAAAAGAAGCACAAAUGCCAUGUGUGCAAUCAUUUGGCACGUUGCAAGGCUGAACUCAUAAGACACUUGCGAAUUCACACUGGAGAAAAGCCGUUUCGAUGUGAUGUUUGUUUGAAUUCCUUUGCCGUAAAAA